AUGCGGUCUUUUGCUUCUCUGGCUCUGGCCCUCCUGGGUGCCACAUCAGUGGCCUCAGCUGCCGACGCAGAAUCCGAUGUCGUGUCUUUGACUAAGGACACGUUCUCUGAUUUCAUUAAGGAGCAUGAUCUGGUCCUUGCAGAGUUCUUCGCGCCUUGGUGUGGUCAUUGCAAGGCUCUCGCUCCUGAAUACGAGGUGGCUGCGACCGAGUUGAAGGAGAAGAACAUCCCGCUUGUUAAGGUCGACUGCACGGAGGAGACGGAUCUCUGCCAUGAAUAUGGCGUCGAGGGCUAUCCCACCCUGAAGAUCUUCCGCGGCCUGGACAACAUCAAGCCCUAUGCCGGUGCCCGUAAAUCCGGAGCAAUUGUAUCGUACAUGGUCAAGCAGUCUCUCCCCGCAGUAUCCUCGGUGACUGAGGAGAAUCUCGAAGACUUCAAGACGAUGGACAAAGUUGUUAUUGUUGGAUACAUCUCUCCAGACGAUAAGAAGGCCAACGAGACCUUCACGUCCUUGGCGGAAUCACAAAGGGACACCUACCUCUUUGGUGCAAGCAACGAUGCUGCUCUGGCCAAGGCCGAGGGCGUCAAGCAGCCUUCUAUUGUGCUCUACAAGGAGUUUGACGAGAAGAAGGCCGUAUAUGAUGGGAAAUUCGACCAAGACUCUAUCCUCAGCUGGGUCAAAACGGCAAGCACACCACUGGUUGGUGAGAUUGGCCCCGAGACUUACUCUGGAUACAUUUCGGCUGGUAUUCCCUUGGCCUACAUUUUCGCCGAAACCCCAGAGGAGCGUGAGCAGUUCGCCGCCGACUUCAAGCCCAUUGCCGAGAAGCACCGGGGUGCUAUCAACAUUGCCACUAUCGAUGCGAAAGCGUUCGGUGCUCAUGCCGGUAAUCUCAACCUUGACCCUUCUAAAUUCCCCGCCUUUGCCAUUCAGGAUCCGCAGAAGAACCUGAAAUACCCCUGGGAUCAAUCCAAGGAGGUUAAUGCCAAGGAAAUCGCCAAGUUCGUGCAGGAUGUCUUGGAUGGCAAGGUUGAGCCUAGCAUCAAAUCCGAGCCUAUCCCGGAGACCCAGGAAGGUCCUGUCACCGUGGUCGUUGCGAACUCCUACCAGGAUCUCGUCAUCAACAAUGACAAAGAUGUCCUCCUUGAGUUCUAUGCUCCUUGGUGUGGACACUGCAAGGCACUCGCUCCCAAGUACGAGGAGCUCGCCAAGCUCUACGCCGACCCUGAGCUUGCCUCCAAGGUCACGGUGGCCAAGAUCGACGCUACUGCGAAUGACAUUCCCGACGCGAUCCAGGGCUUCCCUACCAUUAAGCUCUUCCCCGCUGGCGCGAAGGACUCGCCAAUUGAGUACGCCGGGUCGAGGACUGUUGAAGACCUGGCCAACUUCAUCAAGGAGAAGGGUACUUACAAGGUCGACGCAUUCGCUGCUGGGGCCAAGAAGCCCGAGGAAGGCGGCGACGUGACCGCCCCUGCUUCCGUCCCGACUGAGACCAAGACUGCCGCCCCGUCGGCAAGUGAGGAAGCCAAGGAACACGAUGAGUUGUGA